AUGAAAAUUAAUGAAGCAGAAAUUAAUCUUAAAAUGUCAGAAGCAAUUCUUUUAUUUGAUUCAAUAUAUUUAUUGGCUAGAGCUUUGUCAAACGAAACUUUAAAUAUUUUUAAUAAAAAUUUAAAUAACAGAAAAAAAUAUUUUAAUCAACGUCAACAACAACAAAUUUCUUCCCUUUUAUUUAAUAAUAAUUUAACUAUGGCUAGAUGUGCUGGGGCUACUAGACAAAAUAAUAGAAAAUUUAGUGCCGGAAAUGGAAUAAAUAAAUUAUUGCGAGAAUAUUCUUUAAUUACUCGAGGAUUAAGUGGUUCACUUAAAAGCAGACUUUGUGGAGAACAAAAAACUUCUAAUAACAAUUUAAACAAUAAUUUUACUUUUCAAAUAUUAAUGCUUGGAUAUACUGGGGUUAUUGAAAAGAUUGGUUAUUGGCAAUAUGGAAAUGAUAUUCCAAAAAUAGAUUUAAGAGCAGAAUCACGAGCACAGCAACAACGAAGAGUUAAAGUUUCUGAUGAAUUAAAACCACAUUUUCGCGUUACUACAAUUUUGGAAAGGCCUUAUGUUAUGGUGAAAAGUUUGGAAACAAACAAUAAUUUUGAACAAAAACAAUUACAAUUUGAAGGAUUUUGUAUUGAUUUGUUGAAAGAAUUGGCUAAUGAUUUGGGAUUCACCUACACAAUUCACGUUGUUCGCGACAACAAAUAUGGUAGUGAUAAUGGCAAUGGUUCUUGGGAUGGAAUGAUAGGUGAAAUUAUACGUAAUGAAGCAGAUAUGGCUGUUGCCCCAUUAACUGCAAAUUUCCGUCGAGCUGAGAUGGUUGAUUUUACUAAACCUUUUCUUUCUCUUGGUAUAAGUAUUAUCUUUCGAAUUCCUGAAGAUUUUCAACCAGAUAUAUUUUCUUUUCUUAAUCCCCUUUCAUUAGAAAUUUGGUUUUGUGUUUUACUUUCAAUUUGUGGAUUAACUGUUGGAAUGUAUGUAUUAAGUACUAUGUUAAAAGGAGGUUGUGAUUUUGGACCUAGAGCUGUAUCUACUAGAUUGUUAGGUGCUUCAUGGUGGAUGUUUACUCUUGUUAUUGUUAGUGCAUAUACAGCUAAUUUGGCAGCAGUUUUGACCGUAUCUCGCCCUCACAUUCCCAUAAGGGAUAUUGAUGAUUUAGCUAAUCAAAGCGAUAUUUCUUAUGGAACAAUUAAUGGAGGAUCUACUAUGCAAUUUUUUCAGGUAGAGAAAAUAAAAAUUAAAAAAAAAUAUUAAA